AUGUCCAGACCAGAGAAGAAGUUGGUCGAAUGCUUUAUGAAGCGCAAAGCACUAUUCGUCGUUCGUGAUUCCGUUGAAGUGUUCAUCAAUAAUUUUGACAACCAGAAUGACGUUUUCCAGAUUCCGAUUCGUGUUGAAGCGUUGGACAGAGUCUACAACGAAUUCCUUGACCUGCAAACGGAGAUCGAAAAGUAUGAUGAUCCUGAGAAGUUUGAGGAGCAUAUGCAAGAACGAGCAACGUUCGAGGCGCGAUACUGUUCGGCUAAAGGUUUUUUAUUGAUGAAACGUUCCAUAGAUCACAACCAACCAGCAUUGAACACGUCUUUUAUAGCCAAUCAUCCUCCAGCGAAUUUCCACCUGCGAUUACCCAAGAUUGACCUUCCAAAGUUUGACGGAGAUUUGUCUAGAUGGCUUUCCUUCCGUGAUACGUUUACAUCCAUGGUCCAUUCCAAUGCGGAUAUUCCGACAGUAGCGAAGAUGCAGUACCUCUUACAAUCACUGGAAGGAGAAGCUCAUAAGCCAUUCGAGUCAACCGAUACAAGUGCGGAUAAUUACGCAUUAACUUGGGACGCUUUAUUGAAGCGUUACGACAAUAAACGUUAUUUGAAGCGUCAGCUAUUCCGAGCUUUGUAUGACCUCCCGCCACUCAACAAAGAGUCACCCCAAGAGCUGCAUGACCUGGUUGAUGACUACCAACGGCAUGUCAAGGCUUUAGCGAAGCUGAACGAACCAGUCAUCCACUGGGACACACCGUUAAUCAACCUGCUAAGCUACAAGCUGGAUUCAACAACCCUCCGAGCCUGGGAGGAGAAGACUAGUAGCGCUGAUGACAUCACUUACGAGGAGUUGGUUGAUUUCUUGUACCAGCGGGUCCAAAUGUUGAAGUCCGUCGUCACCGAUCUGCAGCAACGCUCCAAUCAAGUCGGCCAAGUCAAGGUGGCCGGUUCCACACCAAACCAGAAGAAGCCAUUUAAGAUGGUAUCCAAUUCCGCCACGACCGAAACUAAGAGUUUCAUUCCGCAUUGUAUUGCUUGUCCAGAAAACCAUUUGUUAUUCCAAUGUCCAGCAUUUUCCAAGAUGUCCGUUUGUCAACGCAGAGAACUGGUAUCCCAAAAACGCCUAUGCUGGAAUUGUUUCCGUUCUGGACACCAAAGUAGGAAUUGUACGUCCAAGUAUGAUUGCCGAAAUUGUCACCAGAGACACCACACGCUGCUGCACGAAUCUGCAGUCCCGAAAGUACAAUCCACUCCAGUUGUCAUGUCUGGUCAGUCAUCCCAGCAACCGAAUCCACCCACGUUGACUGUUUUCGAAUCCCCUGGAUCAGCGAAUCCGAAUCCCCAAGUGAGUUUGUCGGCACAGUCGUAUCAGUCCACUGUCCUAUUGGAAACGGUUAACCUCCUUGUCGUAGACCAGAAUGGCAAAGAGCAUCCUGCUCGCGCGCUCCUAGAUUCGGGAUCAAUGUGCAGUUUUAUUACGAAGAAAUUAUCCAAUGUACUCAACCUCCGCCGCACGAAAGUUGACAUCGCUGUGUCUGGAAUCGGUGAAGCAUCGAAGCAGAUCAAGCGCAAGUUGACUGCUACGAUUAAAUCCAAGUUGCUUUCGUAUAGUACAACUCUCGAUUUUCUGAUUUUGAAGAAACCCACAGUAUGCCUGCCAACUACGCCGAUUGAUAUUUCCUCGUGGCAGUUCCCUGAUGUUCCGUUAGCCGACCCACGAUUCCACAUUCCAGCCGACGUUGACAUGAUUGUCGGUGGAGAAGUAUAUUAUGACCUGCACACCGGUUGUAAGAUUUCCUGCGGCGAAGGAAAACCUGUAUUCGUCGAAACCUCGUUCGGAUGGACUGUUUCUGGGAAAGUAGUCAUCCAAUCACCCGAUGUUCCACGUGUUUGUCACCUCACCACUGUAGACCGAAACCUGGAACAAGCCCUCCAGAAGUUCUGGGAGCUAGAAGCUGUUCAACCCUGCUCCAUGUUAUCCGCUGAAGAAAAUUUCUGUGAAGAUCAGUAUUCCACUACCACCACUCGCGAUUCGUCGGGUCGUUACGUUGUGUCCUUGCCACUCACCCGCGAUCCGCUCGUCACUCUCGGCGAAUCACGUUCAAUCGCCGAGCGUCGCUUCUUGAACCUUGAAAAACGACUUGAGCGAGAUCCAACCACCAAAGCUGCCUACUGCCGCUUCAUGGAGGAAUACGAACGCCUAAACCACAUGAAGAAGCUCGUGGAUCCAGUAGACGAAACCAAGCCACACUGUUUUCUCCCACACCACCCGGUGUUCAAGGAAUCCAGCACCACUACGAAGGUUCGAGUUGUGUUCGAUGCAUCCUGCAAGACGUCUUCUGGAUUCUCUGUGAAUGACCUGCAACUAGUUGGACCCGUCGUUCAAGAUGAUCUGCAAUCGAUCCACAUCCGAUUCCGCAUCCACCAAAUUGCAUUCGUCGCCGACGUCGAAAAAAUGUAUCGACAGAUCCUAUUGCGUCAGCCGUUUCGUCGAUAUCAGCUCAUCCUCUGGCGUCCUAGUCCAAACCAGCCAAUUGCUACGUACGAACUGAACACUGUAACGUACGGUUUCGCGUCAUCACCAUUCUUAGCUACACGCACUCUUCAGAAAAUCGCGCAGGACGCAAGUGAUAUCUAUCCAGCCGCAGCCGCGGUAGCCCAGAAGGAUUUCUACGUGGAUGAUUUCCUGUCUGGUGCCGACACCGUUGAAUUCGCUAUCCAAAUACGCCAAGAAAUGACUGCCAUGCUUUCAGCAGCAGGUUUCCCGUUGAAGAAGUGGGCUUCAAACUCACCAGAAGUCCUAGUUGAUAUUCCCGAAGAAGACCUAGCCUUUGCACCGUACCAUGAUCUCCAGGACGAUCAAUCCGUUUCCACACUCGGACUCAUCUGGGAACCGAGAAUCGACAUGAUGAGUUUCAAGGUUCAACUUCCACUGCCAGCAUCUGUUUUAACUAAGCGGAAGAUUAUGUCGUACGUGGCGCAGAUUUUUGACCCACUUGGCCUGGUGGGACCAAUCAUAGUCAUCGCCAAACUCUUCAUGCAGCGUCUAUGGGCAUUGAAAACCGAAGCUGGAGAUUCAUAUGAGUGGGAUCGUCCUCUUCCUCCACGUUUGCAAUCCAAGUGGAAGGAGUUCCACGAAACGUUAGAUACUAUCGCAUCUCUUCGAAUUCCACGCUGUGUAACCGUAGCAAACGCAACCUCAUUCCAACUCCAUUUCUUUUCCGAUGCCUCACAGAAGGCUUACGGAGCAUGUUGUUAUGUCCGCUCAGAAUCCGCUGGGGUUGUUCGUGUCCAAUUGCUGACUUCCAAGUCCAAAGUUGCACCGCUGGCCAAACAACAAACCAUCGCACGUCUGGAGCUAUGUGGGGCUGUACUCGCAUCCAAUCUCUAUAAAAAGGUGGCCCAUUCCAUUCCGAAACCUGCUGAAUUCUUCUGUUGGACAGAUUCGUCAACUGUAUUACAUUGGUUGAAGUCUUCGCCGUCCCGAUGGAAAACUUUCGUAGCUAAUCGGGUAGCUAUGAUUCAAGAAGCUACAGAAUCCUGCCACUGGAACCAUGUUUCCGGAACAUCCAAUCCAGCUGAUCCCCUCUCUCGUGGCGUCAAUCCAAUCGAUCUCAAACAACUGCCCAUUUGGUGGAACGGUCCGAACUGGUUAUCCCUGCCACCAUCCGAUUGGCCUGUUAACGAAAUGCCAUCCCUUGACCCACAUUGGAUGUCGGAGGCCAAAAACAACCAAACUUCGUCGAUCUAUUGCAUACUGGAUGCGAUAUUUCCGUGCCCUGAAAGCCGCCGUCAAGAAGACCACCAUCGAACCUUUUGA